UCGCGUGCGUCCGUUCGUCCGUGCGUGUGUGCGUGCAUGCUGACGUCACGGCCUCGCCUGGCGGCCUGCGCGCUUACCGGGCGCCGCUGAGGAGCCGCCGCCGUGCGAGGGCCGGGCCGCAGCGAGCAGAGCCGACCCGCGGGGUUAUGAGGCCGAGCGCCGCCGCCUCCCCGUGAGGAGAAGCAGCAGCGGGCGCGAGGAGCGCGGCGGGAAGCCAUUUUGUGGGCCUCCUUCCUCCUCCUCCUCCCUCCCUCCUCCUCCUCCUCCUCCUCCUCCUCUUCGUCGUCGUCGUCGUCGUUCUCCGCCGCCGCCCUCAGCGAGCGGCGCGGGCCGGGCUGCUGCCGGCAGGGGGGGAGCCGGGGCGGCCGCUGGGUGCGGGGGGGGGGCGAGCGGGAGGAGGCCGCAGCCGCUCCCCAUGGCGAAGAAAACCUACGACCUGCUCUUCAAACUGCUGCUGAUCGGGGACUCGGGGGUCGGCAAGACCUGCGUGCUCUUCCGCUUCUCCGACGAUGCCUUCAACACCACCUUCAUUUCCACCAUCGGGAUAGACUUCAAGAUUAAAACGGUUGAAUUACAAGGAAAGAAGAUCAAGCUACAGAUAUGGGACACAGCAGGGCAGGAGCGGUUUCACACCAUCACCACCUCCUAUUACAGAGGUGCCAUGGGAAUCAUGCUAGUAUAUGACAUCACCAAUGCCAAGAGCUUUGAAAACAUCAGCAAGUGGCUCAGAAACAUAGAUGAGCAUGCCAAUGAAGAUGUGGAGAGGAUGCUGUUAGGAAACAAGUGUGACAUGGAAGAUAAAAGAGUUGUUCCUAAAGCAAAAGGUGAACAGAUUGCUAGGGAGCACGGUAUUAGGUUUUUCGAAACUAGUGCGAAAGCAAAUAUAAACAUUGAGAAGGCAUUCCUCACAUUAGCAGAAGACAUUCUUCGAAAGACGCCUGUAAAAGAGCCCAACAGUGAAAAUGUAGAUAUCAGCAGCGGAGGUGGGGUGACAGGCUGGAAGAGCAAGUGUUGCUGAGCGUUCUCCUGUAUCACCAAUCGCCAUCCACCGCCUCUUUUUUCUCGCUGCAAAACAAACCACUCUGUCCGUUUUUAACCUUCAGCCAAUGUUUUGUUCCUCAUCUUAACGAGCUCCUGUCUCCCUUUGUUCUCCCGUGUAGGACAGCUUGCAUACUAUAAUUUCCUCAACGUGUGUAGGAAAAUCACCUCCGUGACUUCAUUUUUUCAUGUACCUGCUCCACUUACCACUACGUUUUGGUUGUAUUAUAGCCCCUCUCCUCCCGACGUUCAAACAUAGAGCAAUCGUAUUCAACUCUCCUCUGCAAAUUGUAUAAGAAUAAAAGUUAGAAUUAACAAUUCAUUUUGUACGACAGUGGAAUUUUCUGUCAUGGAUAAUGUGCUCGAGUCACCGUGUUCACUAGAUGCAUCAGCAAAAGAGCCAGGAAAACACUCGUGUUCGCCUUGAUACGUGAAUGGGGUUUCUUUUGUCCUGUGCCUUACGUGGAAAGGAACUUUUAAUUUUCACUUUGAUUUCUCUUCUGGUGGAAGCAUGUGCAGGAGACAUAGCAUCCAUCCCCGACCAUUUCCAAGUACCCGACUCUUUUGUGAUUGCUUUCUGUCACUGUUGGUGUCGUGCAUCGAGGACAAAGGGUGGUGCAAAAAAACAAAACAAAAACAAACCUACUGCUACUACUGCUGCUCCAUUUAACCUGCCGCCUCUCCUGUUGGUGACCUCGCCAUCGGAACUGUUUCCUGCUGCCGUUUUCUUUUCUCACUCGCAGCUCUUUCCUUUUUGCCUGCAUGCUGCUUUUAUUUGCUUCCCUCCAUGGUGUGAUGUGUUAAUUAAAAAGGAUGGCAACGCGGUAUGUUUGCCAAAAAACUUAAUACAAAGCACUGAUUUAGCUUUCGAGGUAAGAUGUUGACGAAUACCUACUAAUUUCCCUCUAGCCAAUGUCAGUUCACUAGUAUAUCCUCUCUCCUCCUGCAUAGCCGUUGGGUUUUAUGAUAUGGAAGAGUUAUUUGCAUGCACUAGUUUUCUAUGGAGGGUGAUGUGGUUGUCUACUUUAUGUGUAUGAAUAUAACACGCCAUUCCCAAACUGACAGCAUUCAACUUCUUCAGUUCUCUCACCGUUAGCCGCUCCCACCACGAGCCGUUGGGCAGCCGGGCACGAGGCCGAGUCAGACUUAGGUGACAAAGGAACCAUAGCGACAAAACGAAGACGAAAGUCGGCCGUUUAAUUUAUUACCUCCCCCCAAAACCCUUCCUCUUCCCGAGCCUCGCCUUGCUCUCCGAGCUCACGUUUAUCCGCUCGGGUUUUGGGCUCCCUCCAGUGAACAACGUGGCGGGGAAUCGCAAUGGUAGCGGAUUGAGUCGCGAUGAAAUGACCGUGUUGGGAUGGGCGUCCUGCUUCCGAGCCGCCUCCCCCCUAGGGCUCCCCGUCCCCGUCCCGUUUGGCUCCACCUCCCGCCUAAACUGCACUUUUUGAACCUUCUCUCUCUCAAAAAAAAAAGGGAAAAUGGAGAAAAUAGGCAUCUUGUUGUUGUUGUUGUUGUUUUCUUUCAUAUAUAACCUUUCUUUGAAACGUGAGCUUUUUAUUUGCUCCUGGGGCUUGGCUCCUUCUGUGUCGACCCAUCGGGACCCUCUGUAGGGCUGUGCUGGUGGCUCCCACCCCUUACACCCAACCUUGGCCAAGUCUUUAAACCCAAACAUCGCUACAGGUUCUGCUUCCCUUCGUGCAAAAAACAACCAACCAACCAAACCUGAAUGUCGAUCACGUAGCUUGGCUUGGCUUGGUUUGUAGCGGAGUGCAAGGCCCAGCUGAGGAGGAGCGAGCAACCAGAGUCAGUUCAGAUGCCGAAACGUAACAAAUAACAGUGUUGGUUCUUAGAUACAGCACUCUAGCAUUAACAACAGCCUGGAGGCAGGGCUAAGAGCCAAGCCAGCCUGGGGCUGCUCCUUCUACGUCACUUCAUUCAGUUGGUCCUGAUGAACCCCAAAGCCGAUCCGUUGUACGAGCGCCUCAAGCAGGCAGGGCCGGGGCGGAAGCCGCGCUUCGUCCGCUCGCAUUUGGAUGGUGGAAAAAACCAAACAGCAUCGACUUCAGGUCUAGGAUUAACUCCCAUGCCUACGAUUUUUUACUUAAUCUUUUAAUAUUUUUGCUAUUCCACUCUGGCUUUUUAUUUAAAACACAUUCUUUUGUACCACUUAACUGUAUCAAAUUGUAUAAAAGAUCACUGUCCCAUUCUUGGUCAUACCAAGAGCAAAUAAAAGCUUUUAUAAACUU